CCGACUGUAAUCGAUAUAAUAGAGCUUUGUGUGGCUUGCAUAAUUUCUCUCUCGCAUUAAAACUUCAUUGACCUUGAAACCUUGGUGUUUCAGGUCUCUUCGUCUUUGGAUUCACAGCUUUUUCUCCCGAUUCGAGCACAGCUUAAUUGAGAGCAAAUAUCUUAUUUGCUGGUUGGUUACCUGUGUUCUACUCCGGACAGCCAAGUUUCAUGUCUGAAUUCAACGUGCAGAUUCCAUCUGCUUUUGACCCAUUUGCUGAUGCAAAUGCUGAGGACUCGGGAGCUGGGGCUAAAGAGUACGUUCAUGUGCGCAUACAGCAACGUAACGGGAGAAAAAGCCUGACAACUGUCCAAGGAUUGAAGAAGGAGUUUAGUUAUAACAAGAUACUCAAGGAUCUGAAGAAGGAAUUCUGCUGUAAUGGCACAGUUGUGCAAGAUCCUGAGCUAGGACAGGUUAUACAACUUCAGGGAGACCAAAGAAAGAAUGUGUCCACCUUCCUUGUGCAGGCUGGCAUUGUGAAGAAGGAGAACAUCAAGAUUCACGGUUUCUGAAGAUCAUCAGCAGGAUCGAAUUCAAUUGCUAUUUACAGCAGCUUAACUAGUGGACAUUAUAUAGCUUUUCUUUUAGAAUUUGAAGAGUGCGCGUUACAACUCUUGGUCCAUGUAUGUUUUCUUUGCUUCAUUAUGCACUUGUUAUGGAUCAUCGGACCCUUUUAAUUAAUGAUACGCUUCCUGCUUUCUCAA